AUGAUAAAAGCAAAGAGGGGACCUAUUCCAGACCCAAGUCCCAGAAAGAGCAGCUUGCUAAUUGCCAAAAGAACAAUAGAAGCGGCCGACUCUGAAGAUGAAUGGGUACCACUCAGAAUCUCCUCCACUGAAAAUAGGAACAAAACCGCUGAAGCUAGAGGUGAACCGGUUGAUCUCGAAAGGAAUCCAGUGCGCGAUUCAUUCAUUAGUGGUCAUGAUGGCAUGUUGCGAAACAUCUGCUUAGAGCGUAUGAUGUGGCAGAAGUGA